CCAUCAUCCCAGCCGGAAGUGAUGUACGUGAUGUUGAUGAAACUGUAACAGUGUCAUCCUCGUCGCAAUAGAUGCUUACGACGUGACCAUUUUUGACAGAUUUUUUUUUUUUUUAAGAAUAUUCUCGGACCGAAAAUGAAUCCUUCCGGACGAAGCGAAAGUGACUGGCAGGGUCUGGUGAAUGAGUUCCUGGUAUGCAAGAGGAAGCUGGAGAGUAAGAAGGAGGCGCUGCUGAUCUUAUCAAAAGAACUGGACACCUGCCAGCAGGAAAGGGAUCAGUUUAAACUGAUGGCAAACCAGCUCCGUGAACGCCACCAAGGGCUCAAGAAAAAGUACAGAGAGCUUAUAGAUGGUGACCCUUCUCUGCCUCCUGAAAAAAGAAACCAAGUCAAUCUGGCCCAGUUACUGAGAGACUCACGAGAACAGAACAAAGAGCUGAGUGAGGAGAUAAAAGAACUGAAGCAACGCUUAGCGGAGGUGCAGGGUGAUAACAAGCUGCUGAGGAUGACCAUCGCAAAGCAGCGUCUAGGGGACGAAGAAGUGGGGACUCGACACUUUCCAGCCCAUGAGAGAGAAGAUCUUGUUCAGCAGUUAGAAAGAGCUCGAGAGCAGAAUGAAGCACUGGAACAAAGCUUAAAGGCAGCCACGGAUGAAUUACAGGACGUGAGAGCAGAGCGUAAUGUCUAUCAGGAGAAAGCUCACAGACUAAACCUGGAAAUAAACCACAUCUUGGGAAACCACGAGAACCACAUCCUGGAUAUAGAUGCUCUGUGUAUGGAGAACAGAUAUCUGCAUGAGCGGCUUAUGCAGCUUCAGGAGGAGGUCAGCCUCCUCAAAUCAAACAUCAUGAAGUACAAGAGUGCUUUGGAAAGCAAGAAGAACUGCAAAGUCUAUAGCAAGUCCAACAGCAGUGCUCUGACAGGUGUCCUCUCUGCUAAACAAGCUAAUAUGUGUCCAGUACAAGAGCUGUUGCUGUCUGAAGAGAAUGGCUGCAGUCUCCCGGUCACUUCACAGUCCAUCAGUGACCUGAAGUCCCUGGCCACUGCUCUGCUGGAGACCAUUCAUGAGAAGAACAUGGUCAUUCAGCAUCAACGGCAAACCAACAAGUAUUGUGACAACGGUCAUCUCCUUUCUGUGCUGGAAAGCACCCAAGAUACAGAGAUUCUGGGUAACCGGGUUGCAGAACUGGAAAGAAAGUUGAAAACAUUAGAGGUGUCUGGGUUGUGGAGUCUGCCAGGCAUCACCUACAAUGUGUCUCUCGGACAACGGAGAAGGAAAGGCGUUAUUGUCCUGAGUGACUCUCAGCAUGUCCAGUCCAGCGCAGAACAGUCAGUCCAUCUGACACCAGAGUCAUUGGCAGGAGAUGAAGAGAUUGUAACUGGAGAAGAAGUGACAGAAGACACUGGACUCAGUACAGAUUUCAGCCCAGAUGACUGUCAAGCCGUGGCAGUCGAGUUGAGCCAAAAGGGUGAUUAUUUCAACCGCACUUAUUCAGUCUCACAAACUCCACAGUUCUCUAAUCCAGCAGACAGAAUCCAGCCUGUGGAGAGCACACAGUGUUGUGACUCUGAGACGCCUGUGUGUCCUCCUGAGAGGGGAUCAGAACAACAUAAUGAAGAUCUCGCAAGCCGUGGAUGUCAGUCUUUGAACACAAAAGUAUCUUUGAAAGGUUCAGAAGAAGAGGCUGUUGGGAAUGAUGUUCCUGUUAUUCAUUCUGAGGAGGACUUUGAUAGUCACGGUGCAUUAGAGGACAGUCGGCCUGUGGCAUCAGAGACCUUUGGCAGUUUUGACUGUGUUCCUGAAUCUGAGCCUCGUACAGAAGAAGAAACAGAGCAUGCUUCACUAAACACAAGUUCUCCUGCUCAAACAUCAUCACACCAGGAAUGAACGUCAUGUUUCAUGAUAUUACGAACUGGGAGAGAAAUGCUUAAAAACAACCUCCAUUCAUUCAAAGCCUCAUCACUUAAAAGUGUUCUGAUUCAGAACUGUAUGAAAAAGACUUUGGCAAAAGAAUAAAAACAAGAACCUUUGAAUGUCUAAAUGAAACCUAUUCAUUAUUCCAAUUAAGCUAGAAGCAAACAAAAAAACCAACAACAACAACAACAACAAAAAAAUCCCCACAAGACAAGCUGGUAAAACCAGCGAGCUAAUUCAAAUCAACAAUGUUAUAAAGGUUCAAUACCUGAUCAUCAGAAAUCUCAAUUGUAACCUUAGAUGUAACGCCACUAUGAUGACACUAUACCAGCACGUUUAUUUAUUAUUAUUUCAAAGACACAUCUUUAUGUUUUUUGACUAUUUAAAAACAUCAUUGUAAUUGUUUCUGAUGUAUUGUGUGGCUAAAACAUGACAGUUUCUUUUUAACUUCCAGUUUUCAGUUUACCCUUCUUGUUAUUUUUCACUGAGUAAAACACAAGCAGCAGUUUCUGUUCCUCUUGCAAGAGGUAAAGGUUUUUUAUUUUCUUUCUCAAUUCUUUUCUUAUGACACUGGAUGUCAACCAGUUUCAACCAAUUAUAAUUUGUUCCUUACAGAGUCAGAGUAUAUUUAUUUCCUGUCAUAUUUGUCUCAUUUAUUAUAAUUUGUGAUCUUGUUGCUUGUAAUCAUGUAUGAUCUGGUGGUGUAAAAUCCUUCUCUGUAGAUCACCUAAUAUUACAGUGUAAUAUAGUGUCAAAUUAAAAUGGGAACAAUCA